AUGGGCGGCUACUUAGGUUUCAUGUACCGUCAACUUACCUACACCCCAAAACCACUUCCUCAAGAUACGUCCAUCUCCGGCAACACAAUCCUCGUCACCGGCGCCAACAUAGGCCUAGGCUACGAAGCCGCUCGCCAUCUCGCUUCUCACAGCCCAUCGCGUCUCAUUCUUGCAGUACGCAAUAUCACCACAGGAGAAGCUACAAAAGAAGCAAUCUCCAAAGCCUCACCAGAUUGCAAUAUCGAGGUGUGGCCUUUGGAUUACGAUUCCUAUGACAGUAUAAUAGCAUUUAGCAAGAGAGCGGCGACACUUGAGCGUCUCGAUUAUGUUCUUCUGAAUGCUGGUGUAAAACAAGUGACAUACACGACCGCUAGUUCGGGCCACGAGACGAACAUUCAGAUUAAUCAUAUCUCAACAUCCUUACUCUCACUAUUGCUCCUUCCCAUCCUUCAAGCGACUGCGAGGAAAACCAAUAAGCCAUCCCGCCUCACCCUCGUAUCAAGCGAAGGCCAUUUCUGGACUCCCUUCAAAGAACGUACCGCACCUAGCAUCCUGACGCGUAUGGACGAGAAAGAAACGUUUAGGGAUGAGAUGGAGCGGUAUAACACGUCGAAAUUGUUGAAUGUGUUAUGGGUACGCGAGCUUGCCAGGAAGGUGGAUGGGGCAGAGGUGCUGAUCAAUACAUUGAAUCCUGGUUUCUGUCAUAGUGGCAUUCAUCGUAAUGGGGGUGGUAUGAUUAAUUUGUUCUUGUGGUUGCUUGGGUGGACGACGGAGCAGGGUGGGUAUUGUUUGGCGGAUGCGUUGGUGGGACAUGGAGAUUCUCAUGGGAAGUAUAUUAGUGAGCAGAAGAUUACUGAGCCAUCCAACUUUGUUCUGUCGGAAGAAGGUGAGGUAGCGCAGAGGAGAAUAUGGGAUGAGACGGUUGAUUUGUUGAGAAAGGAGGCACCAAAAUCAGAUAUCGUGAUCCCAUGA